CCGUCCGUCCGUCCGUCGCGAACUUUCCAGCCGGUGGAGUCCCCGCCUGUGGCCAUGCGGGCCCUGCUGCUCCUGGGCCCGUUGGGCUGCCUGCUGCUGGCCCGGGCCGAGGGCGAUGCGCGGCCGGAGGACAACCUUCUAGUCCUCACGGUGGCCACCAAAGAGACCGAGGGUUUCCGGCGCUUCAAACGCUCUGCCCAGUUCUUCAACUACAAGGUCCAGUCACUGGGCCUGGGACAGGACUGGCCAGGGAAGGAGGUGGCAGCAGGUGGAGGCCUAAAAGUACGGUUGCUACGGAAAGCUCUUGAAAAGCUUGAGGACCAGGAGAACCUAGUGGUGCUGGUCACAGACAGCUAUGACGUGGUGUUUGCUGCGGGGCCUCGGGAGCUCUUGAAGAAGUUUCGGCAGGCCAAAAGCCGGGUGGUCUUCUCGGCGGAGGAGCUCAUCCACCCCGACCGCAGGCUGGAGGCCAAGUACCCGGCUGUGCCUGAUGGCAAGAGGUUCCUGGGCGCUGGAGGUUUCAUUGGUUAUGCUCCCAACCUCAGCAAGAUGGUGGCCGAGUGGGACGGCCAGGACAGCGACAGUGACCAGCUCUUCUACACCAAGAUCUUCCUGGAUCCGGAGAAAAGGGAGCAGCUCAAUAUCACCCUGGACCACCGCUGCCGAAUCUUCCAGAACCUGGAUGGAGCCUUGGAUGAGGUCGUGCUCAAGUUCGAGAAGGGCCAUGUGAGGGCGAGGAACCUGGUCUAUGACACCCUCCCGGUCCUAAUUCAUGGCAAUGGGCCCACCAAGUUGCAGCUAAACUAUUUGGCUAACUAUGUGCCGCGCUUCUGGACCUUCGAGACAGGCUGCGUGGUGUGUGAAGAGGGCCUGCGCAGUCUCAAAGGCAUUGCGGAUGAAGCUCUGCCCAUAGUGCUGGUUGGCGUGUUCAUCGAGCAGCCCACACCGUUUCUCUCCCUGUUCUUCCAGCGGCUCCUGCGCCUUCAAUACCCCCGGAAACAGAUGCGGCUUUUCAUUCACAACAAUGAGCAGCACCACAAGGCCCAGGUGGAGGACUUCCUGGCUGAACAUGGCAGCGAUUUCCGGUCUGUGAAACUGGUGGGGCCUGAGAUGCGGCUGCACAAUGCAGAGGCCAGGAACAUGGGCGCAGACCUGUGCCGACAGGACCGAGGCUGCACCUACUACUUCAGCUUGGACGCUGAUGUGGCCCUGACAGAGCCCAAAGCCCUGCGGCUGCUGAUGGAGCAGAACAAGAAUGUCAUCGCCCCCUUGAUGAGCCGCCCAGGGAGGCUGUGGUCCAACUUUUGGGGGGCACUGAGUGCAGAUGGCUACUAUGCCCGCUCUGAAGACUACGUUGAUAUUGUGCAGGGCCGCCGAGUGGGUGUCUGGAACGUGCCCUACAUCUCCAGCGUCUACCUGAUCAAGGGCAGCAUCCUGAGGGCCGAGCUGCAGCACCCAGCCUUGUUCCAGCACAGCCGGCUGGAUGCCGACAUGUCCUUCUGUGCCAACGUCCGGGAGCAGGAUGUGUUCCUCUUCCUGACCAACCGCCAUGCCUUUGGCCACCUGCUCUCCCUGGACAGUUACCAGACCACCCACCUGCACAAUGACCUCUGGGAGGUGUUCAGUAACCCAGAGGACUGGAAGGAAAAGUACAUUCACGAGAACUACACCAGGGCCCUGGAGGGAAAACUGGUAGAGACACCUUGCCCCGAUGUCUACUGGUUCCCCAUCUUCACGGAGACUGCCUGUGACGAGCUGGUGGAGGAGAUGGAGCACUAUGGCCAGUGGUCUGUGGGUGAUAACAAGGAUAAUCGCAUCCAGGGUGGUUAUGAAAACGUGCCAACCAUCGACAUCCACAUGAACCAGAUCAGCUUCGAGCGGGAGUGGCACAAGUUCCUGGUGGAGUACAUCGCCCCCAUGACUGAGAAGCUCUACCCCGGCUACUACACCAGGGCCCAGUUCGACCUGGCCUUUGUUGUCCGCUACAAGCCUGACGAGCAGCCAUCACUGAUGCCGCACCACGAUGCCUCCACCUUUACCAUCAACAUCGCCCUGAACCGGGUGGGGAUAGAUUAUGAGGGUGGGGGCUGUCGGUUCCUACGCUACAACUGCUCCGUCCGAGCCCCACGAAAGGGCUGGACCCUCAUGCACCCCGGGAGACUCACGCACUACCACGAAGGGCUCCCCACCACCAAGGGCACCCGCUACAUCGCUGUCUCCUUCGUUGAUCCCUAACUGGCCUCCUCAGAACCUUUCCUCUCUAUCAACAACCACUGCCCAGCAACCUUGGGGGGCUACAGGGUCCCAGGAUUCUGGUGCCACCUCCAGACUCUUGACCUCUCACUUGCUCUUGGAGUGCUUCGCCUUGGACAUAGCAGAGUAGGGCCUGCAGCACAGUCGAACCUCCUUGGCUGGACUUUCCUGGUGCUCUGGACCAGCUCGGGAAAUACUGUUCAUCUCACUGGUCACAAACAACUGGUCCUUCUACCUGCCUUCCUGAACAAUCCUGCGCUUUCUGCAGAUCUGGGCUGCAGACCUGAGCCCGGCAGGCUUAUCUAGCUGCCCAGAAACUCACCCCACAACUCCCCAGCUGGGACACAGUCCCAGAAACUUGUUUCCAGUUUCCCAAGAGAGACAGACCCUGAGACUUCAGCCGUGCACCCAUCUCCCUGGGACUACCAUGACUUCCGCCCUGGAUCCUGUUAUGAAAGCAGGAAGUUGUCCCCUGGGAACUGUCUGUGACUCAGAAGCCUCCUGAGAGCCAGUAGCACUGAGAUGACACAGCUUCAUCCUUGACCUUGCCGAGGGGGCGGGAACCAGAUGGCCACUCACUGCACUGUGUCACCCUGUCCCGGUGCCUCUGGAGAGGGACAGACCGAAUCAGGAAAAUUUCUAUUAAAGUUUCAUUUCGACCAAAAAAAAAAAAAAA